AUGCCGGAAAACGACGAGCCGAUUCUCAGCAAAAAGUAAGUCAAAUGCACCUAAUUCGUCCAAUCUCAAUGGUGUUUGCACCUAAACCGAUUUAUCGCAAUAUGGCUUAUGCCGGAAGCUUGUUUUCAAAGAGCAGGUUGUUUCCGUCGGUUGGACCGUACCAAGAAAGGCUUUCGAUAUUUAGUGAGCAAAAAAGAAGAGCGAAACAGGCCCAAAAGGAGAAGGAAAAGCUCAACAAAGCGGCUGCAGAGCCCAAAACAGAUGCCCCUGUACAGAAGGUUAGUUAAUAUGGUGUAAAUGAACUAAUAUUUCUGCAUUUUUCCAGAUCGUGAAAGAAGCUGAUCCGUCCGAUCCGCAAGAGUACUUCAAGAUGCGAGCGCGCAUGAUAGAAUCUCGCCGAGAGGCCGGGGAAAAUCCGUUUCCCCACAAGUUCAACGUGACGAUUUCCAUCACGGAUUUCAUCGAAAAGUAUAACGUUUUGGAGAAGGAGCAAGUCAGCGAGGACGUUGUUAGUGUCGCCGGUCGAACAUCCUUGAGAAAAUAAUCGUCAACUUUCUUUUGUUUUAGGUAGAAUUUUCUCGAAACGCGAGGCUGGUGGCAAGUUAGUCUUCUAUGAUAUCCAUGGAGAGGGAAAGCGUCUGCAGGUAACUCAUAGCCGAGAGAGUCCUAAAUUAUCAAUUAUAACCUUGUUUGGAAAAUUAAUAGUCUCUACCUCAACCUUUUUCCAAUGAGACUUAAGAGAUAAACUUCAAGUUUAACGACGAAAAAAAUACUCGAAAGUAAUGAAAUUUUUUUUUCGUAAAUGACUUUUACGACCGUAUCCAUUAGGUAACACGUUUGUAUUUUCAUCCUGCAUUCUUCUGAAACUUCUUUCGAGAUGAUUUUCCAUUUCCAGAUAAUGGCCAAUGCGAGGUUCCACCUGGAUGCCAGCAUCGCUUUCGAAGAUUUGCACGACCGAAUCAAACGGGGCGACAUCGUCGGCUUCACUGGAAAACCGACGCGCUCGAAGACCGGCGAACUUUCGCUCAUUCCCAUUCAAAUCGAGCAGUUGACGCCUUGUCUUCAUAUGCUUCCUCACACACAUUUCGGCCUCAAGGAUAAAGAGCUCCGGUUAUUUUUUUUUUUCCUCAGUCAAUUUGUUUUUGUUCGAUUAUUUGGUCACUUCUGAAUCUUCCCAGGUUCCGCAAGCGUUACCUUGACUUGAUCCUCAAUCCGCAAGUCAAGAACAACUUUGUUAUCAGGAGCAAGAUCAUUACGUUCUUGAGAAGGUUUUUGGAUAACCUAGGUUUCCUUGAGGUUAGUGUUUUGUUUCAUGUUUUUUUUUCUAAAUUUUCUCAUUUUUCAGGUAGAAACUCCGAUCAUGAACCAAAUUGCUGGAGGUGCAACUGCCAAGCCGUUCAUCACUCAUCAUAAUGAGCUCGAAAUGAACCUAUAUCUUCGUAUCGCUCCUGAGCUUUUACCACAAGGUAAAAACUACAAUUAUAAUUAGUUUUUUCGACAGUUUACCAUUAAUAGGAAUCUGUUAAAAUCACAGAACUUUUUAAAGUCUAUAACUUUUGUUUCUUUCUUUCGGAAUUUACAAAGAACUUUUGGCUUAAGCUUUCUGCAAUUUCACGUUGUUCGGGUAGUUUUUUUCCAGUGAAAAAAAUCAAAAAAAUAAACGGUUUGAUUUUUUUAAUGUUUGAUUUUUUUGAGUACUUUUUUUCACUUUUUCCUAGAGUAAAUAAAAAAAGAUUUAGAUGCUCGUGGUUGGCGGAAUCGACCGUGUUUAUGAGAUUGGCCGUUUGUUCCGCAACGAAGGAAUCGAUCUCACGCAUAACCCCGAGUUCACCACCUGCGAGUUCUACAUGGCCUACGCUGAUUAUGAGGACGUCAUUCAAAUCACAGAAGAUUUACUGAGCAGUUCGUUGAAUUGAGCCAAGAACUGUUCAGUAUUGUUUAUUUCAGGCAUGGUGAAGUCUAUACAUGGAAAGUACACGCUUCAGUACCAUCCCAAUGGUCCUGAGACGGAGCCUGUCUAUGAAGUAGCUUUGGCUUUUUUAAAUUAUUGAUUCUGAUUCAAUUUUCAGAUCGACUUCACUCCGCCGUUCAAACGCGUUAACCUCUAUGAGGGGCUGGCUGCGGCAAUCGGGGUGGAGCUUCCUGAUCCGGCAACUCUUCAUACAGAGGGUGAAUGAAGAUGAAGAAUCUUGCUCGCCAUCACUAUGACUUCAAAAAAGGGCCUUCAUGGAGAUAAUGAAGAAGAAGAAUUGAUUUACUUCGACCGAAGUUUGAGAUAAUAUUAAUGAAAGUAAUAAAAUAAUACAGUCAAAAAUCAAUUGAAACAAGUAUGACCGUUCGCUUUUAAGACUGGUGAAUAUCAUUCAAUAAAAAAAUUAUCUCAGAAGCUAGGGCGCGAUUCGACCAAAUAGCGCGGGAAAAGGGCGUCGAAUGCUCGGAGCCAAGAACGACGGCACGACUCAUCGACAAAUUGGUUGGCGAGUAUCUCGAAAACACUUGCAUUUCCCCGACUUUCCUCAUCGGCCACCCGCAAAUCAUGAGUCCGCUCGCCAAAUGGCAUCGGUCAGUUUUUAAACAAACUAGAAAAUAUUAAAGCAAGACAAUUUUUGAUUAUCAGGUUAACUCGAAUGAUUAUUACGGAAAAUAACUGAAAAAAAGAUGAGAAAGAAAGUAUUUUUCAGCUCUACGCCUGGACUAACGGAGCGCUUCGAGCUCUUUGUUGCCAAGAAAGAAGUGGCCAACGCCUAUACGGAGUUGAACGAUCCCAUCACUCAACGCCAGAGAUUCGAAGAACAAGCCAGGGUCACAAUUUUAGUUUUAACUCUAACCGGCCCAGUUGAUUGCAGCAAAAAGACGCCGGAGAUGACGAAGCUCAGAUGAUUGACGAGACUUUCUGCAACGCUCUAGAGUACGGACUUCCUCCGACUGGCGGUUGGGGAAUGGGAAUCGAUCGCCUGGCAAUGAUCCUCACGGACAACAACAACAUCAAGGUGUUUCUAGUUUUAUUUUCUCGAAGGAUUCCACUUUUUAGGAAGUUCUUCUGUUCCCAGCCAUGCGACCGGAAGAAGCGCUGCCGCCUGUCAAAGACAGUACCGCCUAA